GAAGAGAAUCAGAUGGAGUUGUGAGCUGUCAUAAAAAUGCCUUUUCAAAAACGUAAAACGUGGCAACGUGGAGGCCUCUGGACUCUGUUUCCGGUAUGCCACAAGCAAAGGGCAGUGGCGUGGCCUUGAGAAGCCAAUUUGCAUACACAACAAAACUAGGAUUAUGCUUCUUCCUCCCCUUCACUUCCCCACAGCCCAACCGCAAAGAUUUUAUGCUUCUUUCCAUCCUUCACUACUUCUGAUUGAUGUUUCCUGAUGAUUGGUCAUGCAAACACUGUUCUGAAGUGUGGGAUUUUUGGACUUUCGAACUUCCACGAACAAGAACAGUUUUUCUUUACACCAGGACAGAUAUUCUCUUGUUUAGCAAUCUCCCUUCACAAUCAAGGUCUCACUAGAGACGGUAGGCUUCAAGCUAGAACAAAAUCAGGAUCAAAGUUGCAUCAAUGCAGUACUUUAUAUGGCUUUAGGUACUCAAAUAUGUCAUCCCAAGUCCUGGAGAACAUGGGGAGCAAUGAGGUCAUUAGAGAUUACUUGGAGGAUGUGCCUCUUUCAUUUUCAUAUGAACCUGCCAUGGAUGCACUUUCCUCCCUCAUCACACGCCAGAAACGUGGAGAACGAUCAAAUGUGAUGGGUAAAUAUGGAAAAUUGGACAGGAUGCUGAUGUAUCUUAAGAUACUAGGCCUUGAAGAACAAGUAGCCGGCCUGAAAAUUAUCCAUGUUGCAGGAACUAAAGGAAAGGGUUCAACAUGUACAUUCUGUGAAGCUAUUCUACGUGAGAGUGGCUUUCGAACUGGAUUGUUCACAUCUCCUCAUUUAAUUGAUGUCAGAGAAAGAUUUCGUUUAGAUGGGUUGGAGAUAUCAGAAGAAAAGUUUCUGCAAUAUUUUUGGAAUUGUUGGCAUAUAUUGAAGGAAAAUAUUACAGAUGCUCUACCAAUGCCUCCACUGUUUCAGUUCCUUACUGUUUUAGCAUUCAAAAUAUUUGUAUGUGAACAGGUGGAUGUUGCGAUUAUUGAAGUUGGACUGGGAGGAACCAGAGAUUCAACAAAUGUGAUUAAACAACCUGUUGUCUGUGGCAUUACUUCUCUGGGGAUGGAUCACAUGGAGACAUUGGGAAAUAUCCUGGGUCAGAUUGCUCUACACAAGGCUGGAAUUUUUAAGCAUCAAAUUCCUGCAUUCACGGUUCCCCAACUUUCUGAAGCAAUGGAGGUUCUUCAGGAGAGGGCUCAUGAACUGAUGGUUCCUUUAAACGUAGCUGCACCUCUUGAUAGUAAAAAUUUGAAAGGAGUAAAAAUUAGCUUGUCUGGUGAUCAUCAGCUCAUUAAUGCUGGUCUUGCUGUUUCACUUUGCAAAUGUUGGCUUCAGAGAACAGGAAACUGGGAAAAGAUAUUACACAAUGACAGUCAGGAAACUGAUAUUCCAGAAGCAUUUUGUAGAGGUCUUUCAACUGCGUAUCUUUCUGGGAGGGCUGAAAUUGUUUAUGAUAAGUUUUCAAAAUACUAUAAUUCAUCAGCAACGGAUGAGAAUUCCUGUGGAAAUCUCAUUUUUUAUUUGGAUGGAGCUCAUAGUCCUGAGAGCAUGGAGGCCUGUGCCAGAUGGUUUUCUAGUGUUGCAAAAGGGAAUGGGAAGGUGUCACCUCUAUCAUUAUCUGCUUUGAGAAAUUUUGGGAAUGGUUGUGCUAGACAUAUAAAGGACAAGGUUGAGGAGUCUAAUGUAAUUUCAAAGCAGAUUCUCUUGUUCAACUGCAUGGAGGUGAGAGACCCUCAAGUUUUGCUUACUCAUCUUGUUAAUGCUUGCUCUUCCUCAGGCACACAUUUGUCCAAAGCACUUUUUGUUCCAAACAUGUCAAAAUAUAAUAAGGUUACUUCUGGCACCUCAAUUACUGCUUCAGAUAGCACAAGCGGGGACUUUUCAUGGCAGUUUAGCCUCCAGAGGAUUUGGGAAAAGGUUAUCCAUGGGCCAGAUCCUGUGCUUGACAGAAGCACCAUGAUGAACCGCACAGUGAGCUUACCAUCACUUGAGUUCCUCUAUGAGGAUGCAUUUCAUUGCAGUGCUGCAGAUCAACUUUUAGCUUGCAGUGCUGUGAUGCCUUCAUUGCCACAGACAAUAAAAUGGUUGAGGGAUUGUGUUAAAGAAAAACCUUCUGUCAGAGUUCAGGUUCUUGUGACUGGUUCACUGCAUCUGGUCGGUGAUGUGCUGAAGCUCUUGAGGAGAUGAUUUAACUUAAAGAGGAUAUGGAUCAUAGGGGGCUUCCACAAAAGUACUUUCACAUGAUUUCCUUAAUCAAAUUUUAGGUUCUAACCAAAUGGAAGAAGAUACACAGAUGCCUAUGCUUACAAACACAUAUAACUGAUUGAGAUUCAGAGUUGAUUUUGAUCACACAGCUGCGACACCUGUGAUUUAUUGUGCCAGGUGAUACUUGGGUACUAAUAAUGCUUCCUUUUCCUGUAAGUUUAUUGUGUGAUUUAUUUUGUAUUUUAUAAAAACACCUAGUGUUGUAUAACUAAUCCAUUGUUUACAAAAAAGGAAACCUUUAUUUUUCGCAUUUAUAGAUUCAAGUGCUAUCAUAAUUCAAUUGU